AUGCUAAGAGACCUGUUCUUUUACACCAUUUUUAUGUUGUCUGUGCUCCUGGUUGCCUAUGGACAUAUGGAUGUUCGGAGUCAGUUUCUACAGACCCAGUAUGUGAAACACAGGUUUCUCAGAACGCCGAUUUAUGAGGAGUCAGACGAAAAG